AUGGUUCCCUUUGCAGGUUAUUCCAUGCCUUUAUUAUAUUCUAAUCAAAGUCAUAUUGAAUCACAUAAUUGGACCAGAAAAAAUGCAGGGUUAUUUGAUGUAUCUCAUAUGUUACAAAGUAAAUUAGUUGGAGUUGAUUGUAUAAAAUUGUUGAAUAAAAUUACGCCUACAGAUUUUGGAAAAGUUCCAGUCAACUAUUCUCAUUUAUCUGUAUUAUUGAACAAGAAUGGUGGUAUUGUUGAUGAUACCAUUAUUACUAAAGGUGAUGAGCAAUCCUCUUUGUUUUGGAUAGUUACUAAUGCUAAUAGAAUUAAAGAGGAUAGUGAGUUUUUUGUGCAGGAAAUUCAUAAUUUGAAAGAGAAAGGGAAAGAGAAUAAUGGGGUUGAUGUUCAUUGGCAAGUUAUUCAUGGGAGAGCCUUAAUGGCUUUACAAGGUCCCAAAGCUAAAAAGAUACUCAGUUCUUUAUUAAAAAAGUUGGAUGGAAAAGAUGAUGAAUUGAAGACGUUUUAUUUUGGAGAGAGAAGACAACUAGAAUUAUUUAAUGAUAUUCUGAUAAAUGUUACAAGAAGUGGAUACACGGGAGAAGAUGGGUUUGAAAUUAGUGUUGAAGAUAAGCAUGCGGAAGAAGUAGCCAGAUUGCUAUUGGAUAAUGAAUCUACUAAACCUAUUGGAUUGGCAGCUAGAGAUAGCUUAAGGUUGGAAGCAGGAAUGUGUUUGUAUGGGAAUGAACUGAAUGAAACUAUUAACCCCGUUGAAGCUUCAUUGAAAUGGGUCAUCUCCAAAUCCAGGAGGAACAAUGGUAACUUCAAUGGAUUUGAUAAGAUAAUGAAACAAUUGAACGAUAAAAGUAAUGAAAAAGUAAGAAUUGGUUUUAAAUAUUUGAAAAAGGGACCUGCAGCCAGAGGUGGAUCCAAGAUAUUUCAACAAUCGAUUUUGUCUACUAAAGAUGAAGCAGUUACAAACCCGCCUGUUCAAAUAGGCGAAGUGACAUCAGGGAGCGCAUCACCAACUUUGAAUAAUAUUAAUGUCGGACAAGGUUAUGUUCAAAACGGACUUCACAAGCGUGGUACUCCCUUGUUGGUACAAGUUAGAAAUAAAUUUUACCCGAUUGAGAUAGUGAAGAUGCCAUUUGUACCAACACACUAUUAUAAGCCUUUAUCCUCCUCAGAGUAG